AUGGCUGGUAAUCCAUCAUUUAAUUACACAACCGAUGCACAAUACUAUUUACCAUUUAUGGCCGGACAUGGAUUAUUGUCAUUUUGUGAUUUCCAAAACUUGACAGAUAUUUGUCAAGGUUCAUUCUACCCAGGUACAGCUGAAUGCCAUGAUGCCUUCAACACUCUCUCAACCAACUUUGAUCUAAUUUACCCAUACAAUAUUUUGCAAGCGUGCAAGGGUGGAGGUCCAAGCAAAGUAGGAGGCUGCUUUACCACAUCUGCCUUUUUAUCAGAGCAGAGUCUCACCCAGAAACAAUCGCCAAGCAAAAAUAUAUAUGGUACCACAACACAAACCAAAGGAAUGAAUAACAACUGGAAUUAUUAUUGCAUUGGUUUCUUUGUUGGUAUCCAAAAAGUGGUGUUCCCAUCACAUCAUAAUCAUAAAUUGUACGAUGAGACAAUUAUGAUGAUUAUUUAA